AAAGGGCAAAACAUUUGUCCAAAGAAGGAAGCUGUAAAACAUUGACAGGUUCUGCUGAGCCACAUGUGAAGAUGAGCGUCCCAGACUACAUGCAGUGUGCCGAGGACCACCAGACGGUUCUAGUAGUCGUCCAGCCGGUGGGCAUCGUCCCCGAGGACCAGUUCUUCAAGAUCUACAAACGCAUCUCCAGCGUGAGCCAGGUGAACAUCAGGGACUCUCAGCGGCUCCUCUACAUCCGCUACCGCCACCACUACCUGCCCGAAAACAACGAGUGGGGGGACUUCCAGACGCAUCGUAAAGUAGUGGGUCUCAUCUCCAUCACCACGUGCGGUUCUACCAAAGAAUGGCCUCAAACUGCGGAGCGUUUCCACGGGCAGAAGGAGGUGUACAGCUCCACUCUCUACGACUCGCGGCUGCUGGUGUUCGGGCUCCAGGGAGACAUCGCAGAGCAGCAGAGGACAGACGUGGCCUUCUACCCCAGCUUUGAAGACUGCCCCGACGUGGAGAAGAGGGUGGAUGACUUUGUGGAGUCCAUCUUUAUUGUGUUGGAGUCCAAGAGGCUCGACCGGGCCACAGACAAGUCCGGUGACAAGACCCCUCUGCUCUGUGUGCCCUUUGAGAAGAAGGACUUUGUGGGUUUGGACACGGAUAGCAGGCAUUAUAAGAAGCGGUGCCAGGGCCGGAUGAGGAAGCACGUCGGGGACCUGUGUCUCCAGGCGGGCAUGCUGCAGGACGCCCUGGUCCACUACCACAUGUCUGUGGAGCUGCUCCGGGGGGUCAACGACUUCCUGUGGCUGGGGGCCGCGUUGGAGGGUUUGUGUUCAGCCUCGGUCAUAUUCCAUUACCCAGGAGGCACGGCGGGGAAGAAAGCGGGACGCAAGCCGAGCGUCUCUCAGCCGGCUGACAGCGGGAAACGCCACCGACCAGGGGCUCAGGAGGUUCUCAUUGACCCAGGCGCCCUCACAGCGAAUGGCAUCAGUGCGGACACGAGCACUGAGAUCGGACGAGCCAAGAACUGCCUGAGUGCCGAGGACAUCAUCGAGAAAUACAAGGAGGCCAUCUCCUACUAUGGGAAGUAUAAGAACGCCGGUGUGAUCGAGCUGGAGGCGUGCGUGAAGGCCGUCCGUGUGCUCGCCAUCCAGAAGAGAGCGAGGGAGGCCUCUGAGUUCCUGCAGAACGCCGUCUACAUCAAUCUGGGACAGCUAUCAGAGGAGGAGAAGAUCCAGCGCUACAGCAUCCUGUCGGAGCUCUACGAACUCAUCGGCUUUCAUCGCAAGUCUGCUUUCUUUAAGCGCGUGGCGGCCAUGCAGUGUGUGGCCCCCACCAUCCCAGAGCCCGGCUGGAGGGCCUGCUACAAGCUGCUGCUGGAGACCCUGCCCGGAUACAGCCUGUCCCUGGACCCCAAGGACUUCAGCAAAGGAACCCACUGCGGCUGGGCGGCUGUUCAGAUGCGCCUCCUCCAUGAGCUGGUGUACGCGUCCCGUCGCAUGGGGAACCCCGGCCUCUCUGUGCGCCAUCUCUCCUUCCUGCUGCAGACCAUGCUGGACUUCCUGUCAGAUCAAGAGAAAAAAGAGGUGACCCAGAGUCUGGAGAACUACACCUCCAAGUGUCCGGGAGGGAUGGAGGUCAUCACGCUCCCUGACGGCCUGAAGCUCCCCCCCGUGCCCUUCACUAAGCUCCCCAUCGUACGAUCAGUGAAGCUGCUCAAUCUGCCCCUCAGCCUGCGUCCUCACAAAGUGAAAGGCCUGCUGGGACAGAACAUGUCCACCGCCAGCCCCUUCAUCUACUCUCCCAUCAUCAUGCACAACAGAGGAGAGGAGCGCAGUAAGAAGAUCGAGUUCCAGUGGGUUCAAGGAGAUGUUUGUGAAGUUCAGCUCAUGGUCUACAACCCCAUGCCUUACGAACUUCGUGUGGAGAACAUGGGCUUGCUGACAUCUGGAGUGGAGUUCGAGUCCCUUCCUGCUGCGCUCUCUCUCCCUGCAGAGUCUGGCCUCUACCCCGUCACUUUGGUCGGCGUCCCGCGAACAGCUGGCAACAUCACAGUCAACGGUUACCACACGUCGGUGUUCGGUGUGACCAGUGACUGCCUGCUGGAGGGUCUCACCAGUGUGAAGACCAGUGGCUGCUUGGUGGAGGUCAUCCCCUCCCUCCCCCGUCUGCAGCUCAGCACAUCUCUGCCACGGUCAGCUCACACGCCUCAGCCGACGUCUAAAGAGGAACUCUCGAGCACCGUUUCCGUCCAGCUUUUCAACGGAGAGAUGCAGCCGCUCACCAUCACCUUGGAGAACAUCGGAUCUGAGGACAUCGAGACUCUGGAGCUCACCUCUAAGACCACUACCACCAAAGAGAAAGUGUUCGGGGAGUUUCUGAGCUGGGAUCUGGACGAGGCGUUGUCUCACCUCCCUCUGAAGUGCGGCCAGGCGUUAACGCUGACCGUCAGAAUCAAAGUGAAACUGGACUUCUCCGGCCAGGAGAGCCUUCUGCAGGACCUCAACGAUGAUGGGAUCAGCGUGACGGGCCUGCCAAUCAACAGUCCACUACGCCAUGUCCUCAAACCCCGCUCCGAAAACAAGACAGUCGGCAGCGAGUCUGGCAGGGCGGAGUACAGCCACAUUAAGAGUUUGGAAGCUGUGCUGAACUUCAAGUACUCGGGGGGAGCGGGCAAAGUGGAGGGCUACUACAGGGAGCUGUCUUUGGGAAUCCAUGUUGACGUAGAGCCGUCUGUGUUCUUCACCAGAGUCAACACCCUGCCUGCAACCAGCACCCGUCAGUGUCACCUCCUGCUCGACAUCUUCAACCCGACGGAGCACGAGCUCACCGUCAGCGCCAAGAACAACCAGGACCUGGUUCUGCACGCCAGCGAGUGCCAGAGGAUGGCCAUCCAGGUGGACAAGUUUGACUUUGAGACUCUGCCGCAGCCGGACCAGGAGACGGCUCGCUUCACAAACCCCAAACAGCUGGAGGAGGAGCGCCAGCAUGCCCAGGGCUGCCAGAUCAACAGCAAUCUGGGCAUCUGUUGGAGCAUCCCGUCCCUGCGGCGCAGUGGAGAGGCCAGUGUGGAGGGAGUCCUCAACCAGCUGGUCCUGGAGCACCUGCAGCUGGCUCCUCUGCAGUGGGAUGUGCUGGUGAAUGGGAAGCCGUGUGACUGUGAUGUCGUCGCUGACUGUAGAUCAGGCGACGCUGUGUCUCUGGAGGUCCAGCUGACCAACCUGAGUAAGAACUCAGUGGGUCCGCUGGCGCUGACCGUGGUCCCGUACCAGGACUACCAGAACGGGGUCCAGAACUACGAGCUGGAGGACGCCGUGACCUUCAUCGGAUCCAACACCUUCUACAUCGACACGGUGAAACCCAAAGAGAGCUCUGUGUGUGUGGGCGCGCUGCUCUUCCUCUACACCGGAGAUUUCUACCUGAACAUAAAGUUUCAGGACGACAGCGCUGGACGAGAUCUUCCUUUAGCUUGGUUCACUCUGCCCAGCGUCCACAUCCGAGCCCUGGAACCCCCCCAGCAGGCCGGGGCCUAAAGGGCUCUUUAAUGCACGUCUUAAUGAAGGAUGGAGAUCUGUAAAUACUGUAUUCUUCAUCUAAAUCACAUGUAAAUAUCAUUAAAAGGUUACAGUAAACACUGACGAGGAAACGCAUAAGCAGCCCGUACGUUAGCAUCAUGCUAAUAAUACAGCUAACAUCUUUACGGUUUGGCUGUUUGGCCUGAAUCUCCUUUUUUCUAAAGGCAGAGACCAAAAUGAAUUUACUUCAGUCGACUCACUCACUUGUGGAGAUGGAGUUUGACUUUUUCAUUUGUGUUAGGUUUACAUUUGACACAGGAAUUCAUGUCAUUGAAAAAUAGCGAACCCCACCAUCAAAUUGUUGCUAAUGCUAAUUUGUUAUGGGACGGAGCUAGACACUCCAAUAAGGAGUAAACUAUCUUAUUAUCUGUGUUGCCCCAUCUCUAAAUGUAGGUGGCCAUGCUUUGCCACCCAUUUCCUUAGUUAUCAGUCCAUUAAAAAGCUUGUUUUCACUUCCCUUAUAAUGCUUUAGACUGGGCAAACUUCACCUAGAUCGCACAUUUGAAACACGUGGUGAAUUUACUACUUGGUAAUGUUUACGAAAAUAACUUGGUUUAGGUAACUUGUGUUACCUAGCUUAAAUUAUGUACAGCCUGUGAGUUAAAUAUUUUAGGAAUUUAUGUGUUUGCGAUGUUGUACGUAGCUAGCUAGCUUGCUAUCUGAUGCUAGCUAGCUUGACUAGUCGCAACAAAUUGUAGCCAGGGGCAAAAAAAUGAAAGUAGUUACUCUGUCUAAAAGCUUACAGUACCAUAUAUGUUUGCCAGAAUAUCCAAAUGUACACUUUGUGGGCGGCCAAGGACUAACAUAUUGUCCCAUUUCAUUGGAAAUGUUGUCACCUUGUAUUGGGAUUGACAAGUGAUCUUUUAAAAGAGUUAGCGUUCCUGAAGACGUCAGAGCCUUGAUUGAAGAAGAGGAGAUGAAACACUGGAAAUGUGAUUAGCCAGUUUAUUUACACACAAAUAUAUUUAUUUCUACUGCUGUAUGGAUCUUCUCUCUUGCCUCUGUUCCUCCACAUUGUAUUCCCGAUGAAUCCUCAUGUCUUAGAUCAGCCUGUGAUUACGUGCGACAUAUAACUGUUGUAAAUAAAAGCUUAAAGAAUCAA